GUCCCAAGCCUUUUUUGCUUGACUGGGAAAAGAGAAGCUCUCAUUUCAGAGCCUGCAGCAAAACACUCAACAGCUACAGAAGACUUCACCCAUCCCUGACAUUCAUCAGCAUGAGGUCGCCAGCAGCCCCGACCUGGCUGCUCCUUCUCAUUCUCCACCUCACAAUUGGAGCAUCUGAAGCACUGCAUUAUGUGGUGACGUCCCCAGCUGUGUUCUACCACCCAUACUCAGCAACGCUGUGGGUCCAUCUCAGCAAUGUUCACCAGCCCACCCAGGUGACCAUCCAGCUGCAGAGAGCAGAUGGGGCUGGAAACAUCACCCUGCUGGAGAGGAAGGUUGAGGAGCCUCAGCUGCUUUUGAACGUCACCUUCCCUGCUCCAGCCCCCUCCAAGGGGAAGGAGGAAAUUGCUCAACUGUCUGUCUCAAUCGAAGGAGAGUCCCUGAAUACCACCAGGAAGAGCGUGAUGCUGAGAGCCCUGAAGCCUGGGAUCUUCGUACAGACAGACAAGGCUAUCUACAAGCCCGGACAGGAAGUGAAAUUUCGGAUUGUCUCUUUGGAUAAAGAUUUCAUUGCCAGUGACAAGAAGCUGCCCCUUGUCUUCCUGAAGGAUCCCAGAGGAAACCGCAUUGCACAGUGGAGAGAUGUGAGCCCACGGCAGGGCAUCGUGGACCUGUCCCUCCCAUUGGCUGCAGAGCCAGCGUUGGGCACGUACACCAUUCACGUGGAGGGGAAGACUCACUCCUUCAGCGUGGAGGAAUAUGUGCUGCCCAAAUUUGAGGUGACCAUUGAUCUUCCCCCCACUGUCUGGGAGAAGGAUGAGAAGUUCCAGCUGGAGAUCUGUGGACGAUACACCUACGGGAAGCCUGUCCAGGGGAAGGUCCAUGCUAGCUUGUGCCAGCCUUGGAGUUUCAGAAGGUACCCACUUGUUCUUAAGGAAAGCAAGGACAUCUGCACGGAGAUUGACGGGCAGACCAAGAAGAACGGCUGCUUUUCAACAGAGGUCUCGAUGUCUUCCUUCAACCUGAGCAACUACAAUCUGCGGAAGGAAUUCCAAGUGAAGGCAUCGCUGGUGGAGGAGGGGACAGGGCUGGAGAUGAACAACACCAAGACCUGCAGAAUUUUGGAGAAAAUCUUCACAGUCACCUUUGAAAACACUGAUGACUUCUACAAGCGUGGGCUGCCCUACACUGGGACGAUGCAGCUGAAGAGGGCAGACCACUCUGCCCUGGGGGGGCAGCAGCUUGUGCUCCUUGUUAACAAUAAGAUAAGACACAGCUUCCUGACAGAUGAAUCUGGGAGAGUCUCCUUUGAGUUGGACACCUCUAAUUGGACUGAAACAGUCGAACUGAUUGGUGAAGUCAACAUGUUGGCUUACAGCCAGAACGGUUCCUCAUUGCCCGCCUUCAACAGAGCUUAUUUGAACCUCAGAUCCUUCUUUUCGAAGAGCCAGAGCUUUCUGCACAUCCACCGGCUGAAGGGCAAGCUGUCCUGCAGCCAGACCGAGCAGCUCCAGGUGGAUUAUAUCCUCAACAAGGAGGCCCUGGGGAGCGAGCUGCAGAGCCUGGACGUGGUCUUCCUGGUCCUGGCCAAGGGGACCAUCGCCAACAUCCUCAGGAAGGAGCUGACUUUGGGUGCAGGAUUGAGAGGCUCCUUCUCCCUGGAGCUGCCCACCAGCCCUGAGCUGGCGCCCACAGCCACAGUGCUGGGCUACGCAGUGCUCCCCAAUGGCGAGAUGCUGGCUGGCAGCACCAACCUCAACGUGCUCAACUGCCUCCCCAACAAGGUGAAAAUGGCCUUUUCCAAGGAGCGGGCGCUGCCUGGCUCAACACUGAGGAUGGGGCUGGAGGCAUCCCCAGGCUCCCUGUGUGCCAUCCGUGCCGUGGAUCGCAGUGUGCUGCUCCUGAAGCCCGAGGCUGAGCUCAGCAUGGCAGAGAUCUACAAAGUGCUCCCCAAUUUUGAUUACCCUGGAAGCAUUCGAGACCCACCGCCCUGUACCUGGUACCGUCGCCACUGGUACAUCCCCAGAAUUACCAUGAGCGAGCCCAUAGACGUGCGCCGUUCAAGGAGAUUUAUUUUACCACCUUACUGGGACAGUUUCCAGCUGAGCCCCUACACGUUAUUUCAGAAUGCAGCACUGAAGCUUCUCACCAAUGCUAAGACAAGGGAUGAUUGCAAAGUGCUUUACAAGCCUCAGAGGCACUUUUUGAUGGGUGCUCCAGGCCCAGCCAGGUCCCAUGCCAGAGAAGAUACAAUGGAUAUGGUCAUGGUGGAAAGCAGGUUAGAAAUGCCCAUGUUAGCUAGUGUGCCAGGUGCUCCCAGCAACGAGGAAAAGCCACCAGCUCCCCGGACUCAUUUCCCAGAGACAUGGCUGUGGGACCUGGUGCCCGUGGGAGAGGAGGGUUCUGCAGAAAUGGUGGUGACGGUGCCCGAUGCCAUCACAGAAUGGAAAGCUGAGAUGUUCUGCACAGCACCCGUGGGCUUGGGGCUAGCCCCUGCCACCACCCUCACAGUCUUCAAGCCCUUCUUCGUGGACCUGGCGCUGCCCUAUGCUGUGAUCCGUGGUGAAGCCUUCUCUCUUGUUGCCACCGUCUUCAAUUAUCUGCGGCAGUGCCUACGGGUCCGGGUGACACUGGCGGACUCGGCAGAGCUGGAGGUGUCAGAGGUUGCAGGUACGAUUUACAGCAUCUGCGUCUGUGCGGAUGAAGCCAAGACGUUCCGGUGGGAUGUGAAGGCUACCAACCUGGGAGAGGUGAACAUCACCAUCAGCACCGAGGCCAUAAGCUCUGAGGAGCUCUGUGGCAAUGAGAAGCCUGUGGUGCCAGCCCAGGGGCGUGUAGACACUGUGAUAAAGCCAUUGCUGGUGCAGCCUGGUGGCAUCCUGGUGGAGAAGGCACACAGCUCCCUGCUCUGCCAGGAAGCCUCUGAAGAAGUGUCCCUGGAGCUUCCUGCCAACGUCUUGGAGGGCUCCCAGCGAGCUCACGUCACCGUGAUGGGUGACAUCAUGGGCAACGCACUGCAGAACGUGGACCGCCUCCUGGCCAUGCCCUAUGGCUGCGGGGAGCAGAACAUGGUGCGCUUCGCCCCCAACAUCUACAUCCAGCAGUACCUGGAGAAGAGCGGGCAGAUGAACCCCGACAUCCGUGCCAAGGCGCAGGGCUUCCUGCAGAGCGGUUACCAACGAGAGCUGCUCUACAAACACAGCGACGGCUCCUACAGCGCUUUUGGGGAGACAGAUGACAGCGGCAACACCUGGUUGACAGCAUUUGUCCUCAAGUCUUUUGGGCAAGCGAGAGCCUUCGUGGCCAUCGAGGAGCGGCACAUCACGGACGCGCAGCACUGGUUGCAGAGGCAGCAGCAGGAGUCGGGAUGCUUCCGCAGCGUGGGCAAGCUCUUCAAUAACGCCCUGCAGGGUGGUGUAUCGGAUGAGCUCUCGCUGUCAGCUUAUGUCACAGCUGCACUGCUGGAGCUGGGGCUGCCCCCAACGGACCCAACGGUGAGCUCAGCCCUGAAGUGCUUGGAGGCGUCAAGCACAGACGACCUCUACACGGAGGCACUGCUGGCAUAUGUUUGUGGGCUGGCAGGGCGUGAGGAGCAGCAGCAAGCCCGGCUGCAGAGCCUGCUGCAGCGUGGCACCAGCACAGAGGGGCUACUCUUCUGGAAGAGGAAGGACAAAGCUCUGUCCACUGAGUUCCUCUGGGCUGAGGCUGCACCAGCAGAGGUAGAGAUGACGGCCUAUGUCCUCCUGGCAUACCUGACCCAGCCCCAAGUGUCCCGUGCUGACCUGGCCAGAGCCUCCCAGAUCGUCCGCUGGCUCAGCAAACAGCAAAACCCCUACGGAGGCUUUGCCUCCACCCAGGACACCGUGGUGGCCCUGCAAGCUUUGGCCAAAUACGCCACCCUGACAUAUGGCAAGAGUGGGGACCUGGCGGUGACAGUGACAGCCCCAACUGGCUCCAAGCAGGACUUCAUGCUGGAAGCCAGCAACCGGCUGGUGCUGCAGCGGGCAGCCCUCCAUGAGCUGCCGGGGCAGUAUGGGGUGAAAACCCACGGGCAGGGCUGUGCUCUGGUGCAGGUGACGCUGCGCUACAACAUACCACCACCUCCCAGCGCGGGGACAUUCAACCUCCACGUAGAGACAGAGCCCAAAACGUGCACGAGUGAUGCCAGCACCCACUUCCGCCUCCUCCUCCGGGCACAGUACACUGGAAAGCGUGCUGCCACCAACAUGGUUGUCAUCGAGGCCAAGAUGCCAUCAGGCUACAUCCCAGACAAGAGCUCGGUGGUAGAGCUGAAGAGGCAGAAACUGGUGAAGAAGGUGGAGGUGCAGAGCGACCAGGUGACCAUUUACCUGGACCAGCUGACAAAGGAGGAGGAGACCUUCAGCUUUGCAGCCACGCAGGACUUCCCAGUGAAGAACCUCCAGCCUGCUACCGUGACGCUGUACGACUACUACGAGACGGGUGACCGCACGGAUGCUGCCUACAGCGCUCCUUGCAGCUCAGAGGAUGACAGACAGACAAAGGAGAAUUUCUAGAGGAGCCCCACGUGUAGCAGGUGAUCCCAUCUGCCCACCUUGAUUCCCUCAGCCAAGAACCAGGACAGCCCAAGCUCUGCUCCCACCGACCCUACAGGGGGCAGCUCUACCAGCAGCACCACGUAGCUCGGCAGCUUCUCCCCCCCGUGCAGCUCCUGCUCUGCCACCAGCCAGUGGAACCACAGCUGAGGCACACUGGGGACAGGACAACUCGCUGCUCUGCACCUCCUGCCCCGAUUUUAUGGGGACAGAGUGCCGCACACCUCCCCAUGGGAGCAGUGCAAAGAGCUCCUGGCCCCCUCCUUCCACUAACAGUGCAGGUGCCUGAGGAUAACCCCACAACACAUCUGAGUGCUGAUUAACGGAGAAGAGAAGCCACAGUCCCUCCAGCCACUGCCCUGGGUCUAAAUAAAGAAUAUUUUCUUAAGUGCA